AUGGCUCGUCGUUGGACGACGGCAUCUUCCACAGUCAUUCGUUCCAAGUUCCUGCGUGCUAAAGCUCAAGCUCCCCGACCUCCUAUACAUCACCCAAUACCCAAGCUCAUGGCAGAUGCGAGGGAAGAAUUCGAUGCCAAGCUCAGACGACAAUCUAAAACGCUCGAACAGGCAGUGGCAGAGUAUCAAAAGCGAUACAAACGUAUGCCUCCGAAAGGUUUCGACGAAUGGUUUCAUUUCGCAAAAGAUCAUGGGUCUAUCAUGAUUGAUGAAUACGAUCAAUUACAUGCUGAUUUAACACCUUUUUGGUUAUUCUCAGGUGAAGAAUUACGAAGACGUUGUAUUCAAGUUGGAUUUUUGCCUUCAGUAGAUCUGGUACGUAUUGAGAAAGGUCAAACCAGGACUAUAGAUGUUAGUAAAGGUUUCGACGAUUCAGAAGUAGGUGCGAGAGCAAAAGGUUUCAGAGUAAUGUUGGAAAAAUUCCAGGAUAAGUUACCGGAUAUGGACUUUCCUAUCAACGAGAAAGCUGAAGGACGUAUUCUUGUACCUUGGGAAGAGAAUCUUUACUCCAAUUUGACUGCUGAUUCUUCCCUUGGGAUCGAACAUGUAUUAGGAGGAGAGUUUAUUCCGGAUUGGAAAGGCGACGGAAACGUUUGGGAAGCUUAUCGACGAACUUGUGAACCUUCGUCCCAGGCUAGACGGCUCUUCGGCUCUCUCCGAGCCAGACUUAAGGAAGGUCAAGUUCCAAUUUCUCGUUUGGCCGAUGCUGGUGUUUCUACAGGAGUAGCGACCGAUGACUUCCAAUUCCCUAUAAACGUCGAUGACAAAUACAAUUUCUGCGAUCAUCCCUGGGCGCAUUACAAUCAAGGUCAUUUCUUUUCCGAUUGGAGAACCAUUCAUGCACUUUAUCCCAUGUUCUCACCAGCGAAGGGAGUGGGAUAUUCUGAUGUUCUCAUUCCCAGUCAUUAUUACUUUUCAUCGACGAAAAGGUAUACCUAUGGAUGGGACCCGGUGAAUAUGAUCAUCAAGGAUGUAGAUGACAUGGAGACGAGAUGGGAAGAUAAGAGCGAUGAUAUAUUUUGGAGGGGAGCGACUACGGGUGGAGGAUCCAGUCCUCCUGGUUUCUUGGCCCAAUAUCAGCGUCAUAGAUUCAUCAAGAUGACAUCGGACACUUCAGACGUCAAUAAAACUGUCGUCUUCGCCGACCCACCAGGUACCGAUAAUUUCAUUUCUGCACAAGUCCCCAUUGGCCAGCUGAACGCGGAUAUGAUGGAUGUGGCUUUCACCAAAGCUGUCGGGUGUACACAGUAUCCAGGUGGCUGUGAUGGAAUGAGAAAAGAUCAUAGAUUUGCCGAUGCUGUUCCUCUUGGAGAGAAUUGGAGACACAAGUAUUUGAUCGAUAUUGAUGGUAUGGGUUAUUCUGCUCGUUUGUUUGCUCUUUUGAAAUCGGAGAGUGCGGUGUUGAAGUCGACUGUAUACACCGAGUUCUGCUCAGAAUGGUUACAACCAUGGUGCCUGCACUACAUACCCGUCUCUCAACUAUACAACGAAAUAUACAACCUACACGCCUUCUUCUCUGGCCCCUCUAAAGCCAUGCUAGCCGCUUCCAACUCUACUCGAGGGCUGUAUCAAUCCUCAGGUCUGACAACUCGGCGUCUGGACGGUGAUACCGAAUUACGGAAGAUUGCCAGCGCGGGACGAGAAUGGAUGUUUACCGUAGGAAGGAAGAUUGAUAUGGAGAUUUACGUUUACAGAUUGUGUAUCGAAUGGGGAAGGUUGACAGCGGACGAUAGGGACGCAAUGACCUACAAAGGCUGA